AUGGGGGCCGAAAAGAAGGAGCACACUCCGGCUGAGGAUACCGUCGCCGCCAUUGCUUCGCCAAACGAAGCUGUCAAGGCAGAGGGCGGCGCGUUCAAGGCCUACCUAAGAAUCUUUUCCUUUGGGGGACCCUUUGAGAAGCUCCUGCAAACUAUCGCGAUAGUAUGCGCUCUGGGCGCCGGCGCCGGCGUGGCCCUGCAGAACUUGAUCUUUGGCAGCUUCGUCACCACCAUCCAGGACUUCACCACCGGCCAGUCCACUCCUCAACACUUUCGAAAUGAAGUCUCAAAACUGGCGCUCUACUUUGUCUACCUCGGCAUCGCGCGCUUCGUCCUCGCCUACGGCUACAUCUCCCUGACAACCUUCUCCGCCUACCGCAUCACGCGCAACAUCCGCCACGCCUACCUCCACGCCGCUCUCCGCCAGGAAGUCGCCUUCUACGAUAUCGGUUCCGGCGGCUCCAUUGCCACCCAGGCCAUCUCCAACGGCCGCCUCAUCCAGGUCGGCAUCGCCGAGAAGCUCGCUCUGACCUUCCAGGGGCUCGCCGUCUUCGUCACCGCCUUCGUCAUCGCCUUUGUCACGCAGUGGAAGCUCACGCUCAUCGUGUGCUGCAUCGCGCCCCUGAUUCUGAUUGUGAUGGGCGUCGUCUCCACCAUCGAGGCCGGCCUCGAGACAAAGAUCCUCGACAUCUACGCCCAGGCGGGCUCCUUUUCCGAGGGCAUCCUCUCGAGCGCGCGUACCGUACACGCCUUUGAGAUCCGAUCGCGCCUGGUGCAAAAGUUUGACAGGUUCCUCGAGGACGCCCACCGCAUCGGCAACAAGAAGUCGGCCCUGUUUGGUGUGCUCUUUUCGUUUGAGUACUUUGUCAUCUACGCCGGCUUCGCCCUGGCGUUCUGGCAGGGCAUCCACAUGUUGAGCCGGGGCGAGAUUACCGAGUCUGGAGACAUUUUUACGGUCCUCCUAUCUGUGGUCAUCGGCGCAACGAGCUUGACCAUGCUGGCGCCCUACAUCAUCGAAUUCACCCGCGCCGCCUCCGCCGCCGCCCAGCUCUUCAAGCUCAUCGACCGCGUCUCCGAGAUCGACCCCUUUGACAAGUCAGGCCACCAGCCCACCGAGACCGUCGGCGUCGUCGACCUCGAGAACGUCUCGUUCGAGUACCCGACGCGCCCCGGCGUCACGGUCCUCGAUAACUACUCGCUCCACGUGCCCGCGGGCAAGGUGACGGCGCUCGUGGGCUCCAGCGGCUCCGGCAAGAGCACAAUCAUCGGGCUGAUUGAGCGAUGGUACAAUCCAAAAUCGGGCACCAUCAAGCUCGAUGGCCAGCCGAUCGACCAGCUGAACCUCAACUGGCUCAGGAAGAAUGUCCGGCUCGUGCAGCAGGAACCCGUCCUCUUCCAGGGAACAGUCUUUGACAACAUUGCCAACGGCCUCGUCGGAACCCCGUGGGAGUCUUCGCCCCGCGAGGAGCAGCUCCGCCGCGUCCAGGACGCCGCCAAGAUCGCCUUUGCCCACGACUUCGUCUCCCAGUUGCCCGAAGGCUACGACACGAUGAUUGGCGAGCGCGGCGGCCUCCUGUCAGGCGGCCAGAAGCAGCGCGUCGCCAUCGCACGGAGUAUCAUCUCGGAACCCAAGGUGCUCCUCCUCGACGAAGCCACCAGCGCCCUGGACCCGCACGCCGAGGGCGUCGUGCAGCAGGCCCUAGACAAGGCCGCCGAGGGCCGUACGACCAUUGUCAUUGCCCACAAACUCGCCACCAUCCGCAAGGCGGACAAUAUUGUAGUCAUGAACAAGGGCGCCAUUGUCGAGCAGGGGACGCACGAGGGCCUGUUGGCGCAGGGCGGCGCGUAUUCCCGCCUCGUGAGGGCGCAGAACUUGAACGUGGCCGAGGAAGGAUCCAUUACCGAGACCGAGGAGGAUGACGACGAAGCGGUGACGGCGGCGGCUGCUGCUGGGAAGGAGGGCAUUGAGCUCACGAAGACCAUGAGCCGGUACCGGACGACAGACCAGACGCGGAUGGAGGCGCAGAAGGAGCGCGACAACUUUGAUCAUUACAAGCCCAUCGGCCUCAUCAGCGUCGUCAUCCGCAUGGUGCGCGAGACGCCUGAGCUGAAGUGGGCGUACCUCGCAACCUUACUGGCCGUGAUAGUCGCCGCCGGCGCAUUCCCCGGCCAGUCCCUCGUCAUCGCCAACCUCGUCGACGUCUUCACGAUGACGGGCUCCGAGAUGAUCACCAAGGGCAACUUUUACUCCCUCAUGUUCUUCGUCCUCGCCCUCGGCGUGCUCUGUUGCUACUUCGUCAUGGGCUGGGCCACAAACGUCAUCGCCCAGGGGCUCAACCACAAGCUGCGCCGGCAGUCCCUCAAUGAUUUCCUCCGCCAGGACCUGCAAUUCUUUGACCGCGUCGAGAACAACACGGGCGCGCUUGCUAGUCGCCUCGAGUCGAACCCUCAGGCCAUCCUCGAGCUCAUGGGCUUCAACAUUGGCCUCAUCCUCAUCUCGUCGCUGAACGUCAUCGCGUGCGGUAUCCUGGCUAUCGCCACGACCUGGAAGCUGGGUCUCGUCGUCGUGCUUGCGGGCAUGCCGCCACUGGUGUCCUCGGGCUACAUCAAGGUCAGACUUGACUCGCGCCUGGAUACCAAGACGUCGAAGCGGUACUCUGCGAGCGCGGCGAUCGCGUCCGAAUCCGUGACGGCGAUCAGGACCGUUUCGUCUCUCGCUAUCGAGGAGUCGGUGUUGAAGAGGUAUACUGACGAGCUCGACAACGCCGUGAGGGCUUCGACUGGUCCCCUUUUCGUCAUGACUGUUGCGUUUGGACUGACCCAGGCCAUUGAGUACUUUUUCAUGGCCCUCGGGUUCUGGUACGGCUGCCGGCUGCUCUCGUUCAACGAGAUCACAAUGUACCAGUUCUUCGUCGCCUUCAUGGGCACAUUCUUCUCCGGACAGGCCGCGUCGCAGCUGUUCCAGUACUCGAGCAGCAUGACCAAGGGCAUCAACGCCGCAAACUACCUCUUCUGGCUGCACGACCUCCAGCCGUCCAUCCAGGAGACGCCCCAGAACCGCGACGCCGCGCCAAAGGCCGGCGCCUCGGUCGACUUCCAGCAGCUCCGUUUCUCGUACCCCUUACGACCCGAAGCGCAUGUCCUCCGCGCAGUCGAUCUCGAAAUCAAAAAGGGCCAGUUCGUCGCCUUGGUAGGCGCCUCAGGCUGCGGCAAAUCCACAAUGAUCGCCAUGCUCGAACGCUUCUACGACCCGACGACAGGCAGCAUCGUCAUCGACGGCGACGCGGCUCUGUCGGACCUCAACCCCCGCCUCUACCGCCACAUUGUCGCCCUCGUCCAGCAAGAGCCUACCCUCUUCCAGGGCUCCAUCCGCGAGAACAUUUCGUUGGGAAUCGACGCAGAGUCCCUGGACGAAAUCGUCCCGGACACCCAGAUCGAAGCGGCCUGCCGCGCAGCCAACGCGUGGGACUUUGUCUCGUCGCUCCCUGAAGGCCUCGCGACCCCCUGCGGCAGCAGCGGAAUGCAGUUGUCCGGCGGACAGAGGCAGCGCAUCGCCAUCGCGCGGGCGCUGAUCCGCCAGCCCAAGAUCCUGCUGCUCGACGAGGCGACGAGCGCGCUCGACACCGAGUCGGAGAAGAUUGUGCAGCGCGCGCUGGAGGAGGCUGCGCGGGACGGGGAGAGGAUCACGGUUGCUGUUGCGCACCGGUUGUCGACUGUGAAAGAUGCCGAUGUGAUUUGUGUGUUUUAUGGCGGGAGGAUUGUGGAGAAGGGCACGCAUGCGCAGCUUGUGGCCAAGGGGGGCAUGUAUAAGCAGAUGUGCGAGGCGCAGAAUCUCGAGUGA